ACAAUCAGAUGUCGCCACAAUCGCUUACAAGGAAAUGUGACAUCCAACCAGUCCAAUAACCAGCCAAUCGCGGACAUCUUGCAUAAAUGUCAGCAUCGGGAUUGGUCAGAUAAGUUUGCUAUUCUGAUUCAGGUGAAAUACUAUUGUUUACGUUUAGUUCUACAGCAAUUUCCUGCUAAAGUUAAAUAGAAAUGUCGCGACAGACUACCCGCUUUGAUGCUAAAAAAGUGACAAACGACGAAAGGAAACGAGUAUAAAGACAAACUGAACGCCUACCAAAUAUUUUGUGUGUUCACAAUCGCAGACCGCGCGUGCCGAUACAGGUACUGUCGGCGAUUGUUGGGCAAGGAAAAAAGAGCGGUGCAGAAUUGUAUAUAGCAUAAAUUCCUGCUGCUUGACGUGGAGGGACAAAAAUAUUGUGGAAAAUUAGGAUGGAUGGUACGACGGAUCAAGCGCAUGUAGCCCAGGUAGCCGCGGGGCAGGGUCAGAUUCAAGUCGUCCCUGUCCUGCAGAACAGCAACGGUCAGCUCAUACUCGGCCAGCAGCCUCAACAGCAAGCCGUGCUCCCGCUCCAGACUUCGUCUCUGAUGCUACAACCAACAGCAGCAGCCACACAGCCUGUACAACUAGUCCAACUUGCCGAUGGCCAAACGUUCAUCUACCAACCGAUGGCAAUGGCUGAUCAGCUCACCAGUCAAACCCCGCAGAUAAUAAACAUAAAUGGGCAACUGCUGCAGAUCAACGCGCAAGCCAACCAAGCGUUAUCAGCUUCGGCACAACCCCAAAUAAUAGUCGUCCCACAAGCUCAACAGACUGCGACUGCCCCCAGCAUAACUACAAGCACACCGACGGCGGCUCCAGUCGUAACCGAAAGUGAUAAUACAGCCAACUUGCAAGGGACAGUACCUGCCGGAUCGGUUUCCCCGCAAGCUGAGCCCGAGGAAGAACCUUUGUAUGUGAACGCGAAACAGUACAAAAGGAUCCUGAUACGGAGGCAGGCCCGUGCGAAACUGGAAAGUCGAAUACCCAAGGAACGCUCGAAAUACCUGCAUGAGUCAAGGCACCGGCACGCAAUGAACCGAGUACGAGGGGAAGGUGGACGCUUUCAUUCUGCACCGACUACUAGCAAAUCAGACAAACAAAAACAGCACGGCGGCCACCAUUCGAGCUCGCAGACACAAACCCGGCAAAUUAUUCCACCCAAACCGAUCGCCCCACAUCAAGGGCCAAGCAUCACGAUAACGGCUAUCAAAUAGCGUACCAGGGCCCUUUGUCUAUAUAUUUUAAAUUUUGUAGCUGCUAAGUUUUAUCGAUAUUUUGUAAUGUUUUCUCAUUGUACAUGCGUAAGAGACCUAGAUUAAACGAUAGACGUUGAGAAGAUCUAA